ACAACCAAACGAAAGUAAAGAAUGAGAGGAAAAUAUAUGUUCCUACUAGUGCUCAUUGCCUUGGCCUCCAAUGAAGUUUUUGCCAAGAAAAAGUCUUCAAGAUCUAAGUUAAGAAGAAGUGAUUUCCCAGAAGGUUUCAUUUUUGGGUCUGCAACCUCUGCCUACCAGGUUGAAGGAGCUGCUCAUGAAGAUGGUAGAGGACCAAGUAUCUGGGAUACAUUCUCUGAAAAAUACCCAGAGAAGAUUCAAGAUGGUAGCAACGGGUCUAUUGCAGAUGACUCUUACCGUCUUUACAAGGAUGAUGUGGCUUUAAUGCAUCAAAUUGGGUUCAGUGCGUACAGAUUCUCCAUCUCUUGGUCAAGAAUCUUGCCUAGUGGGAAUCUAAAAGGAGGAAUCAACCAGGCCGGUAUUAACUAUUACAACAAGUUGAUCAAUGAGCUUUUGUCCAAAGGAAUCAAGCCUUUUGUCACUAUUUUCCAUUGGGAUACGCCACAAGGCCUUGAAGAUGCUUACGGUGGAUUUCGUGGGGCAGAGAUUGUAAAUGAUUUCCGCGAUUAUGCGGAUAUUUGUUUUAAGAAUUUUGGUGAUAGAGUGAAGCAUUGGAUGACACUGAACGAGCCGUUGACAGUGGUGCAGCAAGGAUAUGCUCUAGGUAUAAUGGCUCCAGGAAGAUGCUCCAAAUUUACAAACCCUAAUUGUACCGCCGGAGAUGGAGCCACUGAGCCUUAUGUCGUUGGUCACAACCUUAUCCUUGCUCACGGAGCGGCCCAUGAAGUCUACAGAGAAAAAUACAAGGUGUCUCAAAAAGGUCAAGUCGGUAUUGCUUUGAACGGGGGUUGGAACUUGCCCUAUACAGAAUCAGCGGUGGAUAAGUUAGCCGCGGCACGAGCCUUGGCCUUCACAUUUGACUACUUCAUGGAGCCGCUUGUGACUGGUAAAUAUCCUGUCGACAUGGUCAACAACGUAAAAGGUGGUCGGUUGCCUACAUUCACAGCAAAACAAUCAAAGAUGCUGAAGGGCUCAUAUGAUUUCAUUGGCAUCAAUUACUACUCGUCUUCUUACGCAAAGAACGUCCCUUGCUCAACCGAAAAUGUUACAUUAUUGUCUGAUCUUUGUGCAAGCGUCACGGGUGUGAGAGAAGGAGUUCCCAUCGGUCCAAAGGCUGCGUCGGACUGGCUUUUGAUAUAUCCAAAGGGGAUUCGUGACCUUGUCCUUUAUGCAAAAUACAAGUUUAAGGAUCCUGUCAUGUACAUAACUGAGAACGGGAGAGAUGAAGCUAGUGUUACAGGUAAAAUCUUACUUAAAGAUAGUGAUAGGAUCGAUUACUACGCUCGACAUCUUGAGAUGGUUCGUGAAGCUGUCUCGGUUGGAGCCAAUGUGAAGGGCUUUUUCGCGUGGUCGCUGCUAGAUAACUUUGAGUGGUCAAAUGGUUACACGGUCCGGUUCGGGUUGGUUUAUGUGGAUUACAACGACGGUGGUAAGAGAUAUCUCAAGAAAUCGGCUCACUGGUUCAGAAAGUUCUUGCAUCAUAAGAAAAACAAUUGACAAGAUUUGUAUUUUUCCGUUUUAUCAAAUAUCUCCGUUAUUCUGAGAUAUUUAUUAUUAUUAAGUUUUAACAUAGAUUUUUUUAUUAUAAUAAAUUACUCAU